AAUGGAAAGUACAAUAUAAUCAACUUAAGUAUACAAAGACAGAAGUCGAAGAGAAAAUGUUAAAAUUGUUGUAUGAACUUAGGGGCACAUACUUAAUAUUGCUCAUAAUACUAUCAAAAGAGUAUGAACGAGAUAAGAAAAAACUUCCAGGUCACAAGAUCUUAUUUAGUUUAGUGAAGGGAAAAGUCAAAUCAAUUUUAAGAAUUGGCGAAAGACAUAAGCAGAGAUAUUGGGUAGAAACAUGGAGGCUUAUAGAAUUACUCAAUAUAACACAUUGCCCUGCAUCUAUUCUUGUAGAAUCAGGUCUCACUGCAAGAUAUUUAAUGAGGAAUACAAAUUAUAAUCAGUUUCUUAAAAGUCUCCUAAAUAAUGUUGAAGCUAAUCAUAAAGCUCCCAAGUUUAGCAAAUCUUUGAUGUUAAG